CUUCCGCCUCGGGCCGCCGCUGGGGACGCAGGGAGGUUUGGCUGUUGUCAUGGGGGACACCGAGACGCCGGGGCAGUCGGGGGGAGUCCCCGCAGACCAAAGAGUUCAGCCGGCUACAGGUCGGGGAGGAGCCCUGGUGGAGCUCACCCCGACCCCCGGAGGCCUGGCCCUAGUGAGCCCCUACCACACCCACCGGGCCGGGGACCCCUUAGACCUCGUGGCGCUCGCAGAGCAGGUGCAGAAGGCUGACGAAUUCAUCCGAGCAAAUGCCACCAACAAACUAACAGUCAUAGCUGAGCAAAUCCAGCAUUUACAAGAACAAGCCAGGAAGGUACUGGAAGAUGCUCGCAGAGAUGCCGACUUGCACCAUGUAGCUUGUAAUAUAGUAAAAAAACCUGGCAACAUUUAUUACCUUUAUAAACGGGAGAGUGGUCAGCAGUAUUUUUCUAUUAUUUCUCCAAAGGAAUGGGGGACAAGUUGUCCACAUGACUUCCUUGGCGCCUACAAGCUCCAGCAUGACUUAUCCUGGACUCCGUAUGAGGAUAUUGAGAAGCAUGAUGCUAAAAUCAGCAUAGUGGACAGGUUGCUAAGCCAGCCGGCGGCCCUGCCUCCAAGCACUGAACCCGCCUUCCAGGGACUGACUGACUGAGAGAGGUGUCUGACAAACAGCUGUCACAGCAAGGACUUACCACUGUCACCUCCUUGUUGCCCUCAUUUUCUGCGUUGAUGGGAGGGGGCAUGAGAAUUGAAGUCUUGUGGGGGAAUCAUGCACUUCUUGAAACGAGACCCUGUGUGCAUAUAAAUGCUGUCGUAAUUACUUUCAGUUCCGAUGGUAAUGAAUCAUACCAGACCCAACCAGUCACUUUCAGAGUACUGGCCAGUGUACUUUCCUUCUCCUUUAUCUCCAUCUGUUCUCCCGUAAGUCAGAGCAUUGGAGGAAGAGGGGUGUCUUGUACCCACAUAAAGGUUGGCGAGGCACUUUCCAGA